GGAUAGCAAUUAACCCUCUGGCUGCUUCAGGGAACGAGGUGAUUGCAGUGGACUGGAAGGGCCUGAAGGAUGUUGAUCAAAUCAACAUGGACAGCACCAGCUCACUGCAUGGGAGCAGCUUCCACCGGCCUUCUACUGAGCAAACGCGAACCGAUUUCUCCUGGGAUGGCAUCAAUCUCUCCAUGGAGGACACCACUUCCAUCCUUCCAAAGCUUAAACGAAACUCUAAUGCCUAUGGCAUUGGGGCCCUGGCCAAGUCAUCGUUCUCAGGGAUCUCAAGGAGCAUGAAGGACCAUGUGACAAAGCCCACAGCCAUGGGACAAGGCCGGGUGGCCCACAUGAUCGAGUGGCAGGGCUGGGGGAAGACCCCAGCCAUUCAACCUCAACACAGCCAUGAGGCGGUACGCAGGGAUACAGAUGCCUACUCUGACCUCAGCGAUGGUGAGAAGGAGGCUCGUUUCCUAGCAGGUGUCAUGGAACAGUUUGCUAUUUCUGAGGCUACACUCAUGGCCUGGUCUUCCAUGGAUGGUGAGGACAUGAGUGUCAACUCCACCCAGGAGCCAUUGGGCUGCAACUACAGUGACAACUACCAGGAGUUGAUGGAGAGUCAGGAUGCCCUAGCUCAAGCACCCAUGGAUGGCUGGCCUCACUCUUAUGUGUCCCAGGGCAUGUACUGUCUGGGGUCAUCAGAUGCCUGGGAAGCAAGUGACCAAUCCCUCAUUGCCUCUCCAGCCACAGGAUCCUAUCUCGGCCCGGCAUUUGAUGACUCACAGCCCAGCCUGCACGACAUGGGGCCUUCACAACCUGCAUCGGGAUACUCUGCUCAGGAACCGCCACCUUUACUGGUGGGGGACACUGACUGGGUACAAGGGGUGGUUGGGAUGGACCUGGCCAGGGGCCCUACUGAGGAGGAGAAGAGGCCUCUGGCCACCGAGGAGGAAGAGGAUGCAGGAUGCCGGGAUCUGGAGUCUCUGUCCCCACGAGAAGAUCCUGAGAUGUGCACUGCUCUCAGCCGGAAGGUGUCUGAUGUCACAUCCUCAGGUGUGCAGUCUUUUGAUGAGGAGGAGGGUGAGGCCAACAACUAGCUUCCUCCCACACUACUCCCACCUGAGGGGCAUGGCUGUAGCCCCCAACCUCCCUUGCUCCAGCAGCACAGCUGAAUCUGAGCAGAAGACAGCUGGGAACGUGGAGCUUCCGGCGCUCACCUACAUGGAGGUCCAGCAGGGGAUUUUAUCUAGGCUUACACUCCAGAAACUACAGAUUCAGGAACUGAGACCCAGGCAACUAGAUGGCUGUGCACCUGGUAUGACUGUGGGAGAAGAGCUGCAGCUAAGGGCUCCUGGGUCUGUGCCCGGGUGCGGCCGUGCUGGAGACUGGAUCUCAGUUCUUCACUCCCUGAUUUCGUCUUCCAGGAGCCUUGGCUAUGCUGUUUGAAUGCCUCCUUUUUCCAUUUCACUAUUGCUUUCCCGACUCUGUUUUCUCUGGCUGUGGUCCCAGUUCAUCCCUACUGUGAGGAGCAGACCUCAGGGGCUGUUGGACUUGGCUCUAUAAGCAUGGGGGAAGUGGCCUGAAGGGCAGGUCUUCAUCCAGGGUUGAUAGGCUGCCCUCUGCAGGUGAUUUGGCUUCUGAGAUCAGGAGCCAAGAAGGAGGUGGAGUUGGCA